AUGGCGACUCAAGAGGGUGGUCGGUGGGAGGACGACGGCACCUCAGUCGCAAGAGCCGAGAGCGACGGGAAAGGCAAAGAAAAAGACGGUCGAAAAGCUGGACAACCACCACCACCAAGAGUCGCACCCGAGUGUCGGAUCCGACGAGAUGAGAAAGAAAGGAUAGCGAUGGUGGUUGAGGGAGUAGGAAGAGGGGUGGGCCGUGGGAGAUAUGCACCAAAAAAUCGAAGGGAAAUGGUGAAGAGAAUGGGCGAGAAGAAGUCGGGUUGGGUCGAAGAGAAGGUUGAGGAGGAAGAGAGAGAGAGAGAGAGAGGAAGAGGGAGUGGGCGCUGGAUGGAUGGAUGGAUGUGGUUUCACCCAAAGCGAGCAGAGAUGCGAAUUGAUUCUCUAUAUUCUCCAUUCAACCCUUUUUUCUAUUUGCGCGUGGCUUUCUUUCAUCGCAGAAUCCUAAAUCGCAUUGCGUCCGAACGGACCGGCUUCCAUCUGGAUCUACGAGAUCGGCGACUCUGCCUGGAAGGACUUCUGGCCGAUAGUAACGUACAAAGUACCUGUCAGAUGAAUCGCUAAAACUACACUUUUAUAUUGCUAUAAUUUUUGUCAUAUAAUAAUGCCAGUGAUGGGGUGAAGGGUGAGUGCAAAGUGCUGUUGGAUCUCUGGAGUAUCGGCCGGGUGUUGGCGCAAACGACGGCGACAUUGUCGAUCUGCG